ACAAUUUUGUGAUAUAAAAUUAUAUGGCUCAAUUAUAAGUGGUUCCAAAAUGGCCGCAAAGGUUUUAAAGUCUAAAAGCAAUCCUCUCCAAUUCAUUAGCCUGAUUUUUUCUUGCAAACGAUCAGUUUCAUUUGAUAAAAUACCACCAUUGACUGUACCUUUUUUUAAUGAAAAUGUUUUUUCAAAAAAUGUCUUAAGUGCACAAAAGAUAAAAAAUGUUAAAUUUACAACCCUUCAAAAUGGUCUUAAAGUUGCAUCUGAAGAUUCAUUUGGACAAUUUUGCACCAUUGGAGCACUUAUUGAUGCAGGAUCUAGAUAUGAAAUUGAUUAUGAAGGUGGAGUUUCUCAUAUUUUGGAAAAACUUGCUUUUCAUAGCACAGCAAAUUAUGAAAGUAAUGAAGUAAUAGUUAAAGAAUUAGAAAAACUGGGAGGUCAUGCUGAUUGCCAAAUAUUUCGUUCUUUUUCAUUUAGCGAUUGUUCUAUAUAUGCUGCUUCAGCAUUCAAGUACAAUGUUGAAGGAGUAGUAAAUAUACUUUCAGAAACUGUGUUGCGACCAACUCUUAAAGAUAGUGAGGUGGAAGAGCAAAAGCAAAGCAUUCUAUUUGAGUUGGAUUCACUUAAUUACAGACCUGAUUUAGAACCUCAACUAACAGAUUUGAUACAUGCUGCUGCUUUUAAUGGAAACACUUUGGGUUUGCCAAAGUUAUGUCCACAAAAUAGUAUUUCAAAGCUUUCAUCGUGCAUAUUAAAAGACUAUAUGAAUCGAUAUUACCGACCAGAAAGAAUCACUAUAUCUGGAGUUAAUGUGAAUCAUGAGGAGCUAGUUAAAUACUGUAAGAAGUUUUUCGUAGAUAAUGCCCCUAUUAUAAAACACAGAAUUGAUCCAGAUCGCUCUAUUGCACAGUAUACAGGAGGCAUUUUGAAGGAUCAUCGGCCAGAACCACGACUUCAACCUGGAAUUACACAACUACCAGAAUUAGUUCAUGUUGCUAUAGCAUUUGAAGGUGCAAAUUAUGCAGAUAAAGAUAUGUUCUCUUUUGCUGUUCUUAAUACUUUAUUAGGUGGUGGAGGUUCUUUUUCUGCAGGAGGUCCAGGUAAAGGGAUGUAUUCACGACUAUAUACUAAUGUGCUUAAUCGUAAACAUUGGAUGUUUUCUUCUGCCGCAUUCAAUCAUUCAUAUGCUGAUGCUGGACUUUUUGCCAUACAUUCAAGUGCACAUCCUAGUGAAGCAAAAGACUUAGUCAAAGUUAUUACAAAUGAAUAUACACGUCUUAUUUCUGAACCAUUUCAUGAAGUAGAAGUGGCUCGAGCUAAAAAACAAACACAAUCCAUGCUGAUGAUGAAUUUGGAAUCUCGUGUUGUACGUUUUGAAGAUAUUGGAAGGCAAAUCCUUGGUCUUGGAUUUCAUAAAUCUGCACAAGAGUUAUAUGAAUCAAUAGAAGCGGUAACAUCUGAUGAUUUGAGAAGAAUAUCCGAAAAGAUGUUAUCUUCAAAACUUUCAGUUGCGGCUAUUGGUAAUUUAGAAAACUUUCCUUCUUACGAAGAAAUACAAAAACUUCUUAUUAAAAAAUCCUUUACUUCUAAAUUCUUUGCGAGGAGUUAGUUUAAAGAUGUUUUCACGCCGUUUACGUUUCAAUAAAGACCGAUUCUGAUCAAGUUCAUAAAAAGAAAAAACAGUUUUAAUAGAAGUAUAAAAAAUAAAAUAUUUAAGGAUAAACUCAA